GUGUACAACUGCAGCCAUAAUGACAGGAUUUAUUCUGCUCACAGGCUUUUGCCUGUUAUUUAUUCAGUUUGGUUCAGCCUAUCAGCUUAUAUGCUACUUCAGCAAUUGUGCCCAGUACAGACCUGAUCCAGUGAAGUAUGUGCCUACCAACAUUGAUCCCUUCUUGUGUACACAUCUUAGCUACGCAUUUGCUAUCAUUGACUCUGCGAAUCAGCUGGCCACCUCCCAGUGGAAUGAUGAGACUCUCUACCAACAAUUCAAUAGUCUGAAGCAAAGAAAUCCAAGCUUGAAGACACUUUUGUCUGUUGGAGGAUGGAAUUUUGGUUCAACUCAAUUCUCUACCAUGGUGUCCACACAAGCAAACAGAAGUACAUUCAUCCAGUCUUCCAUCAGAUUUCUGAGAACAUAUGGAUUUGAUGGCUUGGAUUUAGACUGGGAGUACCCUGGAGCCCGCGGCAGUCCUCCAGAAGAUAAGCAAAGAUUCACUUUGCUCUGUCAGGAGCUUCGACAGGCCUAUGAGAAUGAAAGCAGUGCUACAGGACGUCCCCGACUUAUGGUCACAGCUGCAGUACCUGCUGGGAAAUCAGCUAUAGAUGCUGGAUAUGAAAUUGCUGAGAUUGCCAAGUACCUGGACUUCAUUAGUGUGAUGACUUAUGACUUUCAUGGGUCUUGGGAGCAUUUCACUGGUCACAACAGUCCUCUGUAUCAAUGGUCUCAGGAAACAGGAGAGCAAAUCUAUCAUAAUACUAACUAUUCAAUGACAUACUGGAAGGAUCAGGGUGCUCCAGUGGAGAAGCUGAGGAUGGGUUUUGCUACAUAUGGCAGAACAUUCCAACUGUCGUCUACAGCAAGUGGCCUGGGAGCUCCAUCAAGUGGCCCUGCUUCUGCUGGCAAUUACACCAGAGAGGCAGGUGUCUGGUCUUAUUAUGAGAUCUGCAGCUUCCUUCAAGGAACCAGCAUACAGUGGAUUCAGGAUCAAAAAGUACCUUAUGCCACAAAGGCGGGUCAGUGGGCUGGCUUUGACACCAAGGAGAGCUUUGACAUAAAGGUGGCAUACCUCAAAGAUAAUAAGUUUGGAGGGGCCUUUGUGUGGGCUCUUGAUUUGGAUGAUUUUACUGGACAGUUCUGUGGACUGGGAAAAUAUCCUCUCAUCAGUGAGCUCAGAAAACUCUUAACCAAUGGUCCUCCUGCUGUUCCUACUGAAGGUCCUUCUCCUCUUGCAAUUCCACAUCAGUAUUGUGCAGUCAAGAAAGAUGGUCUCUACCCAAAUCCUUUUGAUAAUAAAUCUUUCAUCCUGUGUGCUGCUGGGAGAAAUUUUGUACAAGCCUGUCCUGCUGGCACCGUCUACAAUGAGAGCUGCCACUGCUGCAACUGGUCAUAAAUCUGCCACAGGUAGUUAAUAAACACGUGAUGUAGAAAUGAUUUAAAAUACACUUUGUAACAGAUUAACAAAAUGGCACCUGGUUUGAUACUUGUGCAAGCAUUUUAUUUCUCUAUCUGUAAAAAAAAAU